AUGACGAAUAGGAGCUGUGGAGCAUGCCGCGGAUAUGGCCUCCGUCUCUCCUGGCCAAAAGCGAGCAACAGUAGGCGUGUCGUGGUAGGACGGUCGACAUUGCAUAACAUCGAAAUGCACACCUACCUGUCAGGUCUAGCUUCAAACAGGUCAACACAGCCCAUCCUAUGUCCACCUAUACCCUUUAGUUCCACCCAAUUACAGGCUACAGAAAAGUACUUAUUGCAAUAUGCCACCGCAGAGCUGCAGACUUUACUCGCUCUGUCGUCUCUGCAAUGUGACGGACUGCAGUCGCAGGCACCGGAGCUCAAGAUCUCCGCCCUUAGAGCCCUCACAACCACCUCAAAUGGUAAUAUUGGUGCAACACAAGCAGCUCAGCAUGAUGCCACAGGGAUGCUUUUGUGUUCAUUCGAGGUCAACGUAUCCUACAUCUCAGACCAAUGGAGGCGGUACAUCACAGGCGUCAAAAGCGUCAUAAAGCCUCCCCUCAUAUACUGGCGCCAGCAAACCUCACCGCGCCCUCAUUCGGUACCGUCUCCCUAUAACACUACCCUAAACCUUCUAUCUGAGGUUUUCGACACAAUGUCUGUAAAGUUACUACACACAGCAUCCGACGAAGGCAUCGAUGAUUACACCCUCCUGAGAAACAAUCCCAGUACGACGAUGGCCAUAAAAUUGCUCCAAUUAGGGAUGCUGGUAUACUUCAACCGGGUAUCCGGAAACCUGCUCGAGCCAGCAGCCAAAGCCGACCGACGGAUCAAAGGAGCCUUUACAAAACUCUCUCAACUCGGCCCUUGUGAGAGGCAAGUCCCCUUGUUUAUCUCGGACUGCGAAGCACGAACUGAUGGUGAGAGGCGUACGAUGGCUUCAUCACGAUCCCUUUUUCUAGUGAGAAAGAUGAUCCAGGCUAUUUGGGUCCAAGAUGAUCUUGCUAAUGGGGCGAUUGACUAUAUGGAUAAAUUGAGUGCGAUCAUUAGCUGUUGUGCUUUUUUGUCGACGUUUGUCUAGACUCUCGCGUUGUUGUCAUGGGCUAUUUGUCUGAGAUAACUGGAUAUAAAAGUUUUUGCUACUUAGACAAG